CGCGUCUUGGCCGCAGGUCGGCAGCCUUGAGCCGCUCCUCCUCCACCUCCUCGCACCGCAUUAGCGUUUUCCCCCUCGAAUCUCUCCGCUUCACCCAAAAUACUCCGAAUGGGAAGGAAAUAUGGCAUGAAGGAGGCGGCGGCCGAGCAGCGUUCAUCGUCCGACACCGAGCCGAGCAUCAUGGACCCACGGACCCGCAGCUGCGGCGCGCGCGGACAGCAGAGCCAGCGGAGCACAAAGCGGCUGGAAGAGAGCGCCUGAAAACAACUCAUCCUCCCGGUGAAUCAGCCCCAACUGAGCUCAUCUCCAGAGAACGGGAGGCCGGAGGGCCGAGCCGAACCUUCAGAGGGAUUAAGAAGCCGAACAGAGAACCGAACCGGGCCUCCUCGGGUUCGAGACAAGGAGGAGAAAUGAGUGAGCAGAGCAUCUGCCAGGCGCGGGCCUCCGUCAUGGUCUACGAUGAUGCCAGUAAGAAAUGGGUGCCCAUCAAACCGGGGCAGCAGGGCUUCAGCCGCAUUAACAUCUACCACAAUACUGCCAACAACACCUUCAGGGUGGUGGGCGUAAAACUGCAGGACCAGCAGGUGGUGAUCAACUACUCCAUAGUGAAGGGCCUGAAGUACAAUCAGGCCACCCCGACCUUCCAUCAGUGGCGUGACGCUCGGCAGGUCUAUGGGCUGAACUUUGCGAGCAAGGAGGAGGCCACCACCUUUUCCAACGCCAUGCUGUUCGCCCUGAACGUCCUCAGCUCGCCUGACAGCGGAGGUCCAGUAGUUCAGCGCCAAAAUGGGCCCUCCUCAGAGGAAAGUGAAUCUCAGAGGAGGAUGAUGGAGCAGCAUCAGAUGCAGGCGCACAAGGAGCGUGAGCGACGGACGUCUGGAUCAGUCGUGUCCACUCUCCAGUAUAAGGUGUCCCACCCCCCCGCCCACCCCGACACCCCUCCCGAGUACAGACAGUUCAGAGCUAACACGCUGCCGCCCUCCUACGUCCGCGUGACCUCCUCCUCCUCCCCGCCUUCCUCUGCCUCCAUGUCUCCCUCGCAGGAGAGAGAGGCGGGGGCCGCUAGGGACAAGGCCCAGCUCUCCUCGCAGCUGUCCACCUCGCUCGCCUCGGCCUUUUCCCCCGUCCAGGCGGGAGUGGGCACCCAGGGCCGACAGGUCCGUCAGAUCCCCCUGUCUCCCCCGACAGCGGCCCGCCACCUCCAGCAGCAGCAGCAGGACAUCAUGCUCCCCCCCAAACACGGCACCUGGUCCGCCUCCCACAUGCAGCAAAUGUACAGCCAGUGUCCCCCAUCCUCGUCCCCUGGGGUAAUGAUGGCCAUGCCCGUAAAGCAGCCGGCCCUCCCCGUAGCCCACCCCCUCCCGUCUGUCAGCACUAGGAUGAAGCCCCCUCCUCUCGAUCCUAGCGCUGUGACGGGCCCCCACCAGUACGCCCACCCUCACUCCAACGGCCAGCCAGACGACUCCUACUCCCCCCGCUCUCAGCAUCUCCCCCUCACCCCGCAGUACUGCGAGGCCGUCCCCAUGCCUCCUCUGAUAGGUCAGACCGCCCCAGGCCCCGCCCCCAGCCUCCAGCCUCAGAGCCAAUCCACUUUCCACCCUCAGCAGCAGCAGCCACCGCAGCAGCAGCAGCAGCAGCAGGCGUACCAGCAGCAGACCCCCACCGCCACCUCAUCCUCAUCCUCAUCCUCCUCCUCGCCCCCCUCUUACACUGCCAUGUCUGACGGGGGCUCCCCAAAGAAGACCCCCUCCCCUGUUCCCCAGCAGGCCCCCGUGGCCAGCAGCAGUGGUCCAGUCUCCGCAUGUCACCCAGCAAUGCUUUCUGUGGCCCCGCCUCCAGCCGCAGURCCAUCACCCAUGGCUGGUCCUCCAGCUCCGCCGCCGCCCCCGGGACCACCACCCCCGAUGGCAGUGCCUCCGCCCAUGCCCCCUCCACUGCCCACUGGUGGAGGGCCUCCCGGGGGUCCGCCCGGGGUCCAGCACCAACCCUCAGGACUGGCUGCUGCGCUGGCUGGAGCCAAACUACGUAAAGUGCACAGGGAUGAGAGCAGCCCCCCCGGCUCAGGAGGGAAAAGUGACUCUAACCGGUCGAGCGGCGGCAGCGGCGGCGGUGGGGAGGGACUGAUGCAGGAGAUGAAUGCCUUACUAGCUCGCAGACGAAAAGCUUCAGAGAAACCUGAWGAAGUAAGUUAUGUGUUUAAACAGGGAAGUGGACGAAUGUAAUUAAAUCGUGAGAGCUGGAUAAUAAAAUCAACCAAUGUCACAUCUGUUUAAUCAUCYGCAAGSUGUUAAAUAUAAAACUUCAGAGRGGUCCUGACAGCUUUAAACCCUCUUUAAAACAUCAACACAGCSAACUGCUUUAUACACCACCUGGAUUUAACUAAGCAAAUAUGUCCAAACGUAAAAUAUGUAAAAACGUGCUGAGGUGGGAGUGUUGUUAUUCUGUAUACAGCAUUUUCAUAACGGAGGGUAACUGUUACUUGAUUGAGGUAUAGAGUUAAACUCUMCACCUAGAAAAUACAUAAUAUCCCCCCUUAAUUGUUUAAAUAUGUCUUCUAAUCUAAGUAUUUUGAUUAUUUGGCUUUUAUUUGUCCUAACUGGUAUGGGUCUGUCUUGCAGGAUGAMUCAAGUGGUCGAGGUCAACAGAACU